GCGCGCAUCCAUUCCUCGUUUCGCAUUUGCAUUUGUCGUAUGAAGAUUUGCAUUUGUCGUAUGAAGAUUUGCAAACCAAAAGUAAUUAGAAAAAUUUAUAUUAUUCUGUUGUCAUUUUGUUUUAUAUUUAUAUUUGAUAUUUAUAAUGAAGACAUGAAGACAAUUUAUAUUUGAUAUUUAUAAUGAAGACAUGUUGCGCCUGUGGUUAUAAAUUACACCCUGAGAAACAUGACAUCUCCUUUCACAAGUUUCCUAAAGAUGAAAGUCUUAAUAAAGCUUGGUGUUCUGCUGUGGGUUUCAAUUUUUCAUCCUCUAAAACAGCGGUACUCUGUAGUCAACAUUUUGUGAAUACAUGUUUCUUUUAUCCUCCUGGUGGUAUGCAUCAACGGAAGCAUAUAAAAAAGGGAUCAGUACCAACAAUAUUCGAAUCACAAAUAUCAAAUAUCAGCCAGAAACUUAUAAAACAGACACCACUGAGCAUACAUGAUUUGAAUAAAGUUAAAAAUAACGAAAAAGAUGCUAGUGUUCAGACUGUGACUCCUCCAGAACAGUUUGAAAGUUUCCACAUACGUUACGUUGGUGAUUGCAAUUACACCGACUUAGAAAGCCCAGAAAAAGCAAAAAAAAUGUGGAAUGUCGCCAUAAGACACAUUGAAAUGUUGCAAAAAAAAAUGAAAGUGAUUCAACAGCAAAAUCGUCGUUUAAAAAAGCGUGUGACCAAUCUUAAAAGUAUUAAGCUCUUGGAAUUAAACAAUAAAAAGUUAAUAUUAAAAAAUGCUGAAAAACUGUUAUCACUCACUCCCCAUGGGAAUGUCCGUGGAAUCGACGUGAAAUCGAAGUGGAAGUAACAUGGAAUUGACUUCUUUACGUGGAUUCAACGUGGACAGAACGUUCCUGUUUUUGUUGGGCUGUCCCUGAAAGCAUGAAAAUGCAACGCCUAUUAAAAAAAAAAGUUAAAAUGUC